GCGAGGGCACAGAUGAACUUGGUAUACAAGGGCAUGUUGUUCGAGGCCCUCCUGGAAAAGGUGAGGGAUUCGCACCGGCUCGGCCACAGAGGGGCGAAAUUCACGUGGAAGACGAGAGCGGUGGACUACAUUGCCGAGCAAAAACCCCUGUUCGAGUCCGUCCGCAAGAAGUGGCUGCAGCUGCCUCAAGAGUCGAGGAUGAAGUACAGGUGCGCCAACUACCUGGACACCCCCUUCCCGACGGAGUCCACCGCUCGGUACUGGUUCAACGAAUGCAGGACGGCCUACCACAAACACAGGCAAACGUAA